CCUCUGGACCAUCCCCAGGGUUCCAGCCUACACACAGCAGAGGCUGCGUGUUGUGUCAGGGGCUGCUCUCCUGUAGCUGAAUCUGCUCCUCUUCUACUUCACGGUCAUUUUCCAAGACCUGGACAAACCAGAGGAAGAAGCAGGGGACUAGGAGGGAUGCCCGGCUCAGAAUGGCCUCUCCCCGAUGCCAUUCUUUCCGGAGAGAUCAAGCGGGAAAAAUAAUAGAGCUGCAGCGCCAUUUUGAAGACUCGUAUUCUUUUCCUUUCCAACUUCAAAUACAAAGUUAGCCGAGAGAAGACAAGAUGGCGCAUACGCAGGAGGGACGGAGAAAGGCGGAGGGAUAAAUCUUUCUUUUAGAACUGAUAGCCUAAACAAAAGCGCAGAAGUCCUAACUGCGCAGGCGUACAACUCGGACACGCUUUAAAAUUCGAACGUCAAGGCGCGCACAAAACGCCGUCGGUGGAGGAGAGCAAUCUCGGGUUACCGAAGCAGGGAUGGCGGUGGAAGGGGAGGUGCUGCACCGUCCCGGGGAAGAGGCAGCGGGCGAGCGCGCAUGCGCGGCGUGGGUAAUGGCGGGGCGACCCAGCCUGGCGGAAGCUAGCGUUCCAACAUGGCGGGCGAGACGGACGGACUGUUCAAGCGGGUGCUGGUGCCGGUCCUUUUACCUGAGAAAUGCUAUGAUCAACUUUUCGUCCAAUGGGACUUGCUUCAUGUUCCCUGCCUCAAGAUUCUCCUCAGCAAAGGCCUUGGGCUGGGCAUCGUGGCUGGGUCACUCCUGGUAAAGCUGCCCCAGAUCUUUAAAAUCUUGGGAGCCAAGAGUGCCGAAGGACUGAGUCUCCAGUCAGUGAUGCUGGAGCUCACGGCGUUGACUGGAACUGUGGUCUACAGCAUCACCAACAACUUCCCCUUCAGUUGCUCCAGGCAGCCACCAACUACCAUAAUGGGCACACGGGCCAGCUUUCUGCUAUCACAGUGUUUAUGCUGUUUGGGGGCUCUUUGGCCCGAAUCUUCACUUCUGUUCAGGAAACUGGAGACCCCCUCAUGGCUGGAGUCUUUGUGGUCUCUUCCCUCUGCAAUGGCCUCAUUGCUGCCCAGGUCCUCCUCUACUGGAAUGCAAAGCCUCCCCACAAACAGAAAAAGGAGCAGUAGUGUGGGGGCAGCUUCCAGAACCAUUCCAUUCCAUUCGGCCACUACCUUCAGGUCCCCCCACAUGACCUGGUCUGCUGGUACAGCUUAAUCAUCCUCCAUUCCACUGUAACUGCAGCCUCCUGAGCCAGGGUUCGCGUAAACAGCAUGCACUCGUUUCAGCAGGGGCUGAGGCUGCCUUUAUAAGCAGCUGUCUUCUUAUUGGAGCAGUGUCGUGCCUUGUCCACUUACCUUUCUUCUGGGCAGAGGACAAAGCCUGGACAAAUGUGUUUGGCAGCUUGUGGCUGCUUCCCUCUGCCACCUGGCUGGGAUAAUCUAUUGGACCCCAGUUCUGGAGGGAGGGGAGGGGAGGGGAGAAUGACUCAGACAAGGGCCUCAGGGUGGGGUGGGGAGGCUCCUGCUGUGGCAGGUCCAGACGGAAGGGUGUGGAGAAGACACCGGCUGCUGCUGAAAUGAGAAUACAGGUGGGACAAUAAAGACUCAGAGACGGGCUUUCAUUGUACAAAA